CUUUAAAUGAAACAUUUAACGAGGAACGAAAACAACGGUCAUAGAAUAAUCACUUUUCCUGCAACGGCGCAAAUGUUGAAGAGAGAACAAUGUAACCACACUAAACAUGAUUCUACCUUCUCUCAUUGGAAGAUUCUUGUUGGUCCUUCUGAUUGGGAGGAUUAUUCCAAAGGAAAAGAGGGAUCUACAAGAUACAGAAUUCAUAACCUGCCAGAGAAUCCGGGUCCGGGAGUGUAUGAGCUUGGAGUAGCUGUGUCGACUAGUGGUUUAGGGCGUGAAAUUUACAAGCUUGCAACUCGCGUUGUUGUGGUUUAUCUAGGAAAAGCUGAUAAUGUGAGAACAAGACUUCAAAGUUAUGGUAGAAAUGGAGCUCAUUUGGGUAACGGUUGUUCUUCGUUUGAAUCUUCGGAUCAAUUGGGACAUUCAUUGUUUCAUGAGAUUUUUUUUCAAGGCUUCCCAGUUGUUUAUCGAUGGGCUCCUAUGCAGAACAAAGGAGAUGCAUUGCAAACAGAAUCUCAACUUCUAAGUACAUUUGAUUAUGCAUGGAACACGAUUAAUAACGGCACGCGUCGGCCUGAUGAUAUUCUUCAAAUGCUCAACAAAAUUUCUUCAGGGACAAGAACAUUUUCAGAAGUGGCCAAAUCACUUCUACCCUUCACUCAAAAGAAAGUUGGGAUACAAAUUAAGUCAAGCAGAUUGCCCGUGGUAGAUAACAAAACGGAUGAGGCAGACAAUGGCAGCUACAAUUUCUUAUCUCGCGUGUUCAAAUUCAACCGGUCGCGUCCUAAAAUAGUGGUUCAUGAUACAAGUGAUUUUGCGGUUGAGAAGAAUGGUAAAAUUUGUGGAGUGAUUUUAGACGAUGGUUCUAUUUGUACAAAGACGCCGGUUGAAAAAAGAGUUAGGUGUCACGAACAUAAAGGAAUGAGAGUUAAUAUGGUCAGUACAAAAGGAAUGAGAAGAUCCAAAUCAGAAUCAGAAAGAGUGUUCCCUGCAAAAGAAAUAAGAAGAUCCAAGUCAGAAUCAGAAAAAGUGGGUGAAAGUCUUGUUGCUGAAAGUAUCACCAAAACUGUUGUUAUAUGUGGAAUUGUUUUGGAAGAUGGAUCAAGUUGUAGAAAAGAACCAGUUAAAGGAAGAAAAAGAUGUCAUGAACAUAAAGGGAGGAGAAUUCGUGCAUCUGUUAGUAUAAAUCAGAAAUAAGUGAGGAUGAAUGAAUGUACAAAAUGGUAUGCGGCAUAAACCAGAAAAUGUACUUGUUUAAACUCAUAGUUACACAGAAUUUAUUUAAUAAAAUAUGCUGGCAAUUGUUGUAUCAUAGACAUUGAAAGAGUGUUGUAUUUGUUGUAUUAUUCCCUUGAAGAAGGGUGUAUUUGUUUGUGUAAAAGUGCUUACUUGUUGAAGCAAAUGAGUUAGGUAGAUGAUUAUAGGCACACACAAAAAAUACUCAAAAUAGUGUAUUGAAGUUUAUGAUUUUCUUUGUUAAAUUCAUUCAAUAUUGUUGUGGUUGGUC